AUGGGGUUCAGAGGAGCAGUUCUGUUGGGCUUUGCGCUUCUCUUCUCAGGUGGGAAUUUUCGCUCGGCUGCACAAAACUGGUUUAACUUCAGCACCAAUGAGACUCUAAACCCAAUCCCCCAAGAGCGAGCGGCGGCAGGCCUCCAGCUGCAGAGAUCACCGCAGACAACACAUCAUCAGUCAAACCAGAUGGAGCGAAAGGUUCCGGCCGACUCUCCCGUCAGCUACCGCCUCAGGAGCUACUGGCUCAGGAACCCGGCCGACAGCGAACAGAACCCGCGUGAGGAGCAGAACCCGCAGAGAGUCGAGGCCGGAGAGGUGACCUCGGAGCAGAGGGAAGCUGGAAAGAUGGGAAAAGUUCAAAUUCAAGGCCCGGAUCUGAGCGUCCCCGCCAAGAAGGAACCAAAGGCGCUGGUGAAGUUUGAGCAGCGGGUGCCGGUGCCAGCUCAGAGCGUGAGCGUGCGCUGUGGCGAAGAAAAGGUCACCAUAGAGGUCAAGCAGAACUUCUUAGGAAACAGUCAGUUCAUCCAUCCAAGUGAUCUGACCUUAGGAGGCUGCGCCGCCGUGAACGCUGCCGACCGCGUCCUGCAGUUCCAGACGGAGUUACACGACUGUGGCAGCGUCAUGACGAUGACUGACGAAGCCCUCAUCUACACAUUCUUCCUGAUGUACUCUCCGACGCCCAUUAUCAACACUUUCAUUUUAAAGACCAACCCCGCUGAGGUGAUAAUUCAAUGCCACUAUCAAAGGAGGCAUUACGUGAGCAGCAACGCCGUGAAGCCUACCUGGAAGCCGUUCGCCCUCAACGUGCACGCCCAUCAGCAGCUGCACUUCUCCCUGCGUCUCAUGACAGAGGACUGGCAGUCACCGAGGCCUUCCACUGUUUACUUCCUGAGUGACGUGAUGCACAUCGAAGCGUCGGCGCUGCAGGGUCACCACGUUCCUCUCAGGGUCUACGUGGACAGCUGCGUGGCUACGGUGACCCCCGAUCCCCACUCGCAGCCCAGAUACUCCUUCAUCAACAACCACGGGUGUUUAACUGAUGCUAAGCUGACAGGAGCCAAGUCUUACUUCAUGCCGAGGAGCCAGGAGGAUAAACUUCAUUUCCAGCUGAAAGCCUUCAGGUUCCACGAGGAUGACAGGAAUUCACUCUACAUUACGUGUCACCUGAAAGCAACAACCGUCUCCUUCCCCAUCGACUCUCAGCACAAAGCCUGUUCAUACUUGACUGAAGCCAGAAGAUGGGUGGCAUCAGGUGGAGACAACAAGGUGUGUAGCUGCUGUGAGACCAGCUGCGACGAGCGCAGACACAAAAGAAGCCUCGCGGCAGAUGCUGCUCUGCAGUGGGAGGCGACGGCCGCCCUGGGCCCCAUCCUGCUGGAGGAGGACGCUCUGCAGACGGAGCUUCCUCCACAACCGCUGACACAUGAAGUGACCGAAGCUGCCUCGGAUUCGUCGAUAGCGCUGCUUUGUGUCGUCGGAGCGUCGAUGGCCGUGGUGCUGCUGGGGUUCACGGGGGCUGUGAUUUGCAGCCGACGACAGAAGGCUGCUGAGUACUCUGUUUGCACCUGAUUAAAGGCAAUAAAACAUUUAC